UUGGUUAGGACAGACGAAACCCGCCACUUUCCCGGUGAAAAAGAUGGUUGAAGUGCUCCAAAGGGAUAUAAAGAGAAAACUGCCAAAUGGAUAUUACGCGGGAAAACCUUUGCCUCAGUUUGACGCGAUUUCUUUCCGAACACAAGUUGAUUUUGGAAUGAACUAUUUCAUCAAGGUAAAAACGGCACCUGAAAUGUAUAUUCAUGUCAAAAUUCACAGGGAUCGCAGCCAUGUUGCCCGAGUCCGGGGCGUCCAGGUCGAUAAAACGCUUACCGAACCCAUUCAAGCAUUUUAAAUUGAAAAUGAUAUAAAAUGAACAAUAUUUGCCAAAAAUCAAAUAAGGUGGAUUGUUCGUUGCAUUAUCUAAGAAGACGUUAUUCCUGUGUGGCUUGUUUCAUAUCCUGAUAUAUAGUUGCCUUUUGUGAAAUACAUUUUACCAAAGAAAAACCAUCAUUCAUUCUUUCUCCAAUUAAAUCAGAAUUUAUUGUAGCAAAUACACUGGCAAUAAAUUAGAUAUUAGACAA